GCACUUGACAAGGGUGAUUUAAGAGCCACCACGAAGUUUAAGAGUCACCGGAGUUAUCGCCGGAGUUCGUCAAAGUUCACCGGAGUUUGGCCGGAGUUCAACCGAGAAGGGUAGAACUUCAUCACGCUCAUUCGAGGUUGAAGCUCAAGCUUGCAUUCUCACCUUGCUCGGUGAAGUAAUCUAAAGGGAGAUGUGGUUCGUGCUUCCUUUACUAUUUUAAACUAUAAACUAUGCUCAUGGAUACUUUGUAAUAAGUACAUUUGUUUUGGGCCUGCGAGUCCACGUUUUGGCCAUAUGUGGUCCAUGAUUGAAUAUUGAAUAUUUCCGCGAUUCGUUCAAUCCAAAUAUGUGAUAUUGUUAUGUAUGUUUACUUACUGAGUAUGGUAUGAACAAUGUUCAUGGACGCCUUGUAUGAUUAAGUUACGUUGACUUGCGAGUGACGUCAUUUAGUCAUACGGCGGUUGUACACGCGCUCGGAUGCGGUCCGGGGCGUGACAAAAUCAAUCAAACUUUCUACACCUUAGAGCUGGGAGAGAAUGAUGUGAUUUUGGGAUUGGAGUGGUUAAUGCCAUUGGGAGACAUGGCAAUCAAUUUCCAAAAACAGAUCCUCAUAUGGAAGCAGGAGAGUCAGAAUUGUUCAAUUAGAGGGGCUAAAACCCUAAAUGAAAAAGAUGAUUCUAUCACAAUCAGUGCACAGAUUCUGCAACCAACUGAGGAAGGGUAUUUACAGUGUUAUAAAGACAAACAGGGACAGAACAUGGAACAAGAGACUAUUGAUCUUAAUAUCCAGACCAAGGAAGGAGCUGACUUUGUAUCUCCAUGCACAAGCGGUGGCUCAGUUCCUGUGUUGCCUCAUAAUAGCAGGGAUGCUCGGGAAACGUCUGUGAAUUGGCAAGACCGAGUAAUGAAGUGUCUCUUUCAGAAAUUUGUGAAAUAUUGGGAAGGCAGGAGCGCUAGGAUGAAAAAGAAAAAGGAGAUUUUGGUUGCUACCUAUCUCCCACCUUGAGGGCAAGGUGGAUGUUUAGGAGGGGAGAUUUGAUAGAGACUUUACGAAUAUGAAGAUAAGAGAUAAAUACUUCAAUAAAGUGUAUUCUAGAAAUAGGGUUUGUUAUUAGUCAAGACUGUUUGAGCUAAUAACUAACCGGGUGUUGACCUGUACGCAGUCUGUUGCCUUAGGCCUUCGGCCAUUGUUGCCUUUGAGAAUAAAAGUUGCCUUUGAGAUAUUUCUUGAACCAAUUCUGUGAUCUGUAAGACUAGAGUUGGAGUUUUCUAACAUUGCUUCACAGUAUCU